UAGCUAUACGGUAUCGGCGCUAACGCCAGUGAAUUGAUGUUAAGGGCAGACCUUUUUCAGUGUGUCUUUUCCAAUGUGAAGCACCAGUACUCCAGCGAAACAACUGUUACUAAACAAUAGACUUAAACAUUGACUUUCGUAAUGCCAUGUUUGUAUGUAACCGUAAUGUAAUGUGUGGUAAAAAGUUAUUGCUCACCAAAAUGUUGCACGAAUUUUUAUAUAAAAGUUAAUUCAUUGUAUAAUAUUUUUGUUUAAAAACUUUAUUACACUGUUGUGAGUCCGAUACAGACAUGUAUUCAAAAAGUAUUUGUUAUACAAAAUUAGUUCAAAUUUAUUUAGUGAUAGGUUUUAUUAUUUUCGUUAAUUUAUUUGCUCAUCACUUUAUACACGCGAUUCGUGUCAAACGCUGGGACUUACGAGAGCUAACUCACGCACCGAAGCCAUUGUCUGACAAUAAGAUUAAAUUCUUGGCCUCAAAAGAGUUUGAGGACAGAGACCUGUUUGAGUCGACACUCGAUUCUAUACUUAUUCCUCGAAGUCCCGGAACAGAUGGCCAUAAGAAAGUGCAGAAGUUUUUGCGCAAAAUAAUGGAGUCGUUGGAGUGGACGGUAGAGGAGGACCAGUUCACGGCUAAUACCCCACUGGGGAAGCGGACGUUCACCAACAUCAUGGCCACCCUUAACCCAUCCCACUGUAAACGAGUGCUACUGUCCUGUCAUUACGACUCCAAACUGAAUCGGGAGAAGACAUUCGUGGGGGCGACCGACUCAGCCGUCCCCUGCGCUAUGAUCAUACACCUGGCGCUCGUACUCGACAAUUAUCUCAAAAAAUCAAACAGCGAUACGACUGUCCAACUGGUGUUUUUUGACGGCGAGGAGGCGUUUGUCCAGUGGUCUAACGAGGACUCGCUGUACGGGUCCCGACAUUUGGCCAACAAAUGGAGUCGCAGUGCGUAUCCCAAAGACAUGAGGAGCCGGUGCCUCAAUGAGACCCAAACCACCCGUGAAUUGGAUAGAAUCGAGUUAAUGGUUUUGCUCGACCUAAUAGGGGCCCAAAAUCCACAUUUCUAUAGCUUCUACCCCAACACCAAACCCCUGUUUAAUAGGAUUAUAGAAAUUGAGAAAAAGUUAAAUGAAAUGAAUUUAUUGGAGCUGAAGAGCAAUCGCAAGAAGACCUCGUAUUUCAAUGGCCGCCAAGCGUUCAAUUACGUGGAGGACGACCACAUGCCGUUCCUCCGACGCAAUGUACCCAUACUGCACGUGAUCGCCACCCCAUUCCCCUCCGUCUGGCACCGGGAGGCCGACAAUAAAGAGAAUCUGGAUUUCGCCACAAUUCAUAAUCUACUGAAAAUAUUCCGCGUUUUCAUCGCUGAAUACCUUCACCUCAAUGUCGACGAGAAAUCUGUUUAAUUGAUUUGAAAACCAUAUUUUGAAAACCAAAAACAAAAAGUGAAAAAUAAUUCCCGAAAACAUCUAUUCAUAGAGUAUUUUCGAUAUUUAUUUGUGAUAUGUUUUUGA